UUAAUAAAUUCAACCAACCCAACCCCAUCUCCAAGUUGCAAAUGCCAAAAGGCCAAAAAUCAUACUCUAAAAAGGAGAGAACUUUUUUUUCUUUUUUCAGAAAAAAAAAAAAUCAGUGAACAACAAUGGCGAUCUGCAAACAGUGCCGAUGAAGAUUCUCACCGAUUUUUGCUUCUGUUCUAAAAGACUGUUUAUAUUUCUUUUAAUGGGUUUAAGUUAAAAAGGAAAAUUAGGUUAAGUCCCUAGAGUGAUGAGCCAGAACUGAGCUUGUUAGGCACUUUUGUAAGCUAAAGCUCAAACCUUGGCCUUUUCGUCCUUGUCUACGACAAAUUACUGAGGUUCGGGAAGAAGUUAUUUUCAAUGAUAAGCGGGUGAUCCCUGUAUUAGUUGUUAGUCAGUGCCUUUUCUGGUAUGGAGUUCCAGUUCCAGUUCCAGUUUCAUUUUCAUAGGUUAUCCCAAAUUAAAAUCCGAAGAUGGCUUCUUGUGGUGGGGGCAGUGGCUAUAACUCACAUAUUGUUUCAAUCUCUAUUGAUUCCGUAUGGAAAUGCUCUCAGGUCUUUAUUGCCUAGUGGCAACGAUUUAAUAUAUGAUAAAAGCAGCUUUCCAAUCCUACAAUCUUCCACAAAGUCUCUGGUGGUUCGCAAUCCUCUCACUGUUGAUCCUUCAAGUUUCAGUAAAAGUUCCAUCCUUGAUGGGGUGGUGGUGAAAGAUGCUGUCUCUUCAGGUGGCAGUGGAUAUGUUAGUCAUGACACUGGAUCACAGAGAAACAGUGGAAACACAGAGGGUGAUUUUGCAUCUGAGGAUGAGGACGUGGACAAUCCCAUUGAGCUUGCAGUGGAUGAUGAUGGAGAUAGUGAUGAUUUUGUAGAGGAGGAUCUGGACAAUCCUAUUGAGCUUGUUGUGGACAGAAAUGUAAGUGAUUUCUCAUCUGGGAAUGCAAUGUAUAGCAAAGGGAAUUCUACAUUGGAAAGCAUCAAAAGUAAAAAAAGUAAUUCUAUCAUGGAAUUUUCCAGUAAGGGCAAACAUGACCUUUCUCUUGAUCAGGAUGGCAAAUCAAACCAUGAAAUUUCAACAGACAAUAAUCUGCCACAGAAAGAGUUGGGGCACAUAAUAAUUGCGUUCAAAUCACCUCUAAUAGAACCAGAGGUAGUAUCUUCAUCAACAAACAUCAUUCAUCCGAGAUCAAAUGGAAGUUCCUCUGUUGGUUCUGCUAUCCAAAAAAAUGAUUAUGCAACUUCAAAAAAUAAUUCUGCAAAGAUGAAUAAUCCUAGCAGGAAAAAGAUGAAGUGUGAGAUGCCUCCAAAAUCAAUAACAUUAAUAGAUGAGAUGAACCGCAUAUUAGUGCGACAUCGUCGGUCCUCACGUUCAAUGAGACCAAGAUGGUCCUCCCACCGUGAUCAGGAGAUUUUGGCUGUAAGGUCACAGAUUGAGAAUGCUCCUGUUCUGGUGAAUGAUCAAGAUCUUUAUGCUUCUCUCUUUCAAAAUGUUUCCAAAUUUAAAAGGAGUUAUGAACUCAUGGAACACACACUCAAAAUCUAUAUAUAUAAGGACGGAAAGAAACCCAUCUUUCAUCUACCAAUAUUGAAGGGAUUGUAUGCCUCAGAGGGGUGGUUUAUGAAACUGAUGCAGGGAAGCAAGCAUUUUAUUGUGAAAGACCCUCGAAGGGCUCACCUGUUUUAUAUGCCAUUCAGUUCUCGAAUGCUGGAGUACACCCUUUAUGUUCGUAACUCCCAUAAUAGGACAAAUCUGCGCCAAUAUUUGAAGGAAUACACACAGAAAAUUGCAGCUAAAUAUCCUUAUUGGAACAGAACUGGUGGGGCUGAUCAUUUUCUUGUAGCUUGCCAUGAUUGGGUAUUCUCUCCAUUUAUUCUUUCUUUCUUUCUUUCUGUGUUUCUUUACUUUUAUUGCUCAUGAUGCAUAUUCUUGUGCUAGGACUAGGAUAGUGUUGGGGAUUUAAGAUGUGGUUGUAAACCCUGACAAUGACAGUCCCCAAUGGAACAUCCCAAGGGUAAAAGUUUCAGAUAUUAACCAUGACGUCUUAAAAUUCAAUCCUUUCUUUUUUCUUUUGGGGGGGGGGGGAACUACCCUCUAAUUGCGUGGCAUUACAAUAAACUUAAAUAAAAAAAUGAUAUUGCAUCAAUUGUGAUGCUUUGCGAGUUUUCUGAAGCCAUUGAGAGAAAAGAAGGCUAGGGUCUUGUAAGCUUGUUAUUUGUUAAGCAGAGUUGCUUUGAUGCCAUAAAUAACUUUUAUGAGAGAUGGUUUGGGAUAAAAAGGCUGCAUUGAGCAUUCUAUUUUUGAACAAAUUUACAGUACAGCAAGGAAGACAAUUAUAGAAGUCAUUACAUUGAAAGAAUCAUACCCUAAUCUCUAGCGAUAAAUACAGAAAAUCAGUCCAUGUAAAUGGUCAACUGCACUUUCUGCCAUUGAUUUGGUUUUCCUUUAUUUUAGGCUCUAAGUUUUGUUUGUCUGAUUCCUUGUUGAGUGAAAGAGGGGUAUUCUUGUCAGUAUUUAACUAAAUGCUUAACUAACUGACAUCAUAUUAGGGCAUGUUACUGACACAUGAGGAUACUCAGGUUGCCUCGGUCAUUAAAAAUGAAAUAUGGGCAAGAUGUAGUAAUUUGGUCUGUUAAACUAAGUCUAUACAAAAUGACUAAAGCAUAUUUCUGAAGCAGCAGUUCUGUGAUCCACUUUCAUGGUUUUGCCCUACACUGAUCUGAGUAAAUCAAAGCAUAGUGUGCGUUUGCCCAUGCAUUAUGAGUCUUGCCUUCUAUAUUUGCUAGCCAUCUAAGUCAUAUGAUGCAUGAAACUCUUAAAGGCUCCAUAUGAAACGAGGCACCACAUGGAGCAUUGCAUCAAAGCCCUAUGCAAUGCUGAUGUUACUGCAGGCUUCAAAAUAGGGAGGGAUGUGUCCCUUCCUGAAACGUACGUCCGGUCAGCCAGAAAUCCUCUCCGGGAUCUUGGAGGAAAACCACCUUCUCAGAGAAAUAUUCUUGCCUUCUAUGCUGGUAGUAUGCAUGGCUAUCUGCGACCAAUCUUGUUGAAAUACUGGAAAGACAAAGACCCUUCAAUGAAGAUCUUCGGUCCUAUGCCUCCUGGUGUUGCAAGCAAAAUGAAUUACAUCCAACACAUGAAGAGCAGCAAGUACUGCAUUUGCCCCAAGGGUUAUGAGGUCAAUAGCCCGAGAGUUGUUGAAGCUAUCUUUUAUGAGUGUGUACCUGUAAUUAUAUCUGAUAAUUUUGUGCCACCGUUUUUUGAAGUCCUCAACUGGGGAGCAUUCUCGGUAAUCCUUGCAGAGAAAGACAUUUCCAACCUGAAAGAAAUAUUACUUUCCAUACCAGAAAAGAAGUAUCUUGAGAUGCAACUUGGAGUCAAGAAGGUUCAACGGCAUUUUCUUUGGCAUGCUAACCCAGUGAAGUACGAUCUCUUUUACAUGACCCUUCAUUCAAUUUGGUAUAACAGAGUUUAUCAGAUAAAACCAAGAUAAGAGCGCAUCAUUGACCAAGGUGGUAGGAAACUGUGAAGAAUCCAUCCCAUUUCAUUUCCUGUCAAGCUGUAGAGACUUCCGGUUAAAUCUGAAAAACAUGUAAAAGCUCAUGUAUCAUAUCAUCUCGUGACGGUUUCUUUGUAUAAAACUGUUCUCGUCUUGUAAAACAAAAUUGUCCAAGGUUCUGGCAGACUUAGGGUUGGAAUUUCUUCAGCAAAAUAGUUAAGAAUCACUUUUUCUGAAUCAA